AUGGUACAUGUUAAAAAGUUCUUGCAUGAAUGGUCUGCUAUUAUAAUUAUGGCUAUUGAAGAGGCAAUUAUUAAUAUUGAAGAGACAGAUAGUGAUUCAGUCUGUGAAAUUCCUGAAGUAGAAUGGAUACCCUGUGUUGACAUUCAGUUUGAUUCCGAAGAAGUUGCUUAUGAUUUUUACAAUGAAUAUGGUGGAAGAGUGGGUUUUAGUAUUCGGAGAGAGUACAAAAACAACAGUCGGAAGGAUGAAAAAGUGACAUCUAGAAACUUUGUGUGUAGCAAGGAGGGAAAAAGAGGUGAGGACAAGAGGGACAGGAAAACAAAGAAUCGAAGGGCUGAAACACGCACUGAUUGUCGUGCACGCAUGCUUAUUGCCUUUAAUAUGGAAUUUGAUAAGUACAUUGUCAAAGAUUUUAAAGAUACUCACAACCAUCCCCUCAUCAGUGAGGAGUGUGCCCACAUGAUGCCGUUGCAACGAAAAAUCAAGUUAGUGCAAGCUAUUGAUAUGGAGUUGGCUGCCGAUUGUGGAAUACCCAUUCGUAAAGCCUUUGAGUUAAGUUCAAGGCAAGCUGGUGGUAGAGAAAGUAUUGGCUUCACUAAGGUUUAUGUACAAAAUUAUAUUCGAAUGAGAAGACAGAACGACCUUGAACUUGGUGAUGCGAAUUGGCUAAUAAAUUAUUUUCAGACACAGUGUUCGGAAGAUCUAUCAUUCUUCUAUGCCAUGCAAUUGGACAGUGAUGUAAUGAUAACAAAUAUAUUUUGGGCCGAUUCAAAAAUGAUAUCAGAUUAUGGGCAUUUUGGAGAUGUGGUGACAUUUGAUACCACGUACAAACUUGUUCAUGGGAAUCGGCCUUUUGCAGUUUUUCUCGGUUUGAACCAUCACCGGGAGAUAGUUGUGUUUGGACUAGCUUUCAUGUAUGAUGAGACAACCGAUUCUUUUGGUUGGUUAUUCAAUACAUUCUUGAAAGCCAUGUCCCAUAAAGCACCAAGCACGAUCUUGAACGACCAAGACACUGCAAUGGUAAAGGCAUUAGUCCAGGUCAUGCCUGAUAUAAAACACCUUCUAUGUACAUGGCACCUAAUGCGAAAUGCCCAAAAGAAUCUUGGGAAUUUGUCUGUUGGUGAGAAAGGCAUAAAAAGUGAGAUAUCAAAAUUAAUGUACGAGAUUGAGGGUGAGGAAGAAUUCUUGGUGGAAUGGGCGUUAAUGGAAAAGGAAUUUGCUGUAGAGAAUAACAACUGGUUGGCCAACUUAUUUGGUUUGAAACAUGUAUGGGCCAAGGCAUACGUCAAACAUGUGUGGUCGGCUGGUAUGCGUACUACACAGCUUACUGAGAACUUCAAUACUCGCUUAAAACAGUGGACCAGAAAUGGCAAGGACGGCAGGGUGGAAGACAUACUUGGUAGCGAUGUUAUUACAGAUCCUAGAUUAGAAAUUAAGCGACGACACAAGAUCCUUUAUCGUUAUCUAACUGAAAUUUCUGUCAUUGCAUCAGUGAGCGAGGAGGGAUUCAACAAUGUUUUGGGUGCUGAAAUACCAGUAGAGUUUUUAUGCUCCGAUGAAUGUUAUAUGCCAACAUGUUCAACACAGGGCCACGAUUGGGAUAACAGUCCGGCUACUUAUUUUGGUCAGCCCAUGACUCCAUUAAAUAACCAGGGAGUUGAUGUAGAUGUUGUACGUGAAACAAAUUUCUCGCCAAUGAUCCAAAUGCCAAACAUGAAUUCUACAUUUGAGCAACAAGGGUUCCAAGAAUUACCAUGA